AAGCAGCUUAGUGAUUGCCAUGCUCCUCCAUCAAGAAGUGGUUUGUUCAUUAAAGCAGGCAGUAGGUACAAGGACUCUGACAACUUAGGAACCUCCCAUUUGCUUCAUUUUGCAUCCAGUCUGACUACAAAAGGAGCAUCAUCUUUCAAGAUAACCUCUGGAAUUGAAGCCAUUGGUGGUAAAUUAAGUGUGACUUGAACAAAUUAAAACGUGGCCUACACGGUGGAAUGCCUGCAGGUGACAUCAAAAUUCUAAUGGAGUUCCUGCUCGAGGUUACCACAGCACCUGAAUUUCAUCAAUGGGAAAUUGAUGAAAUAGCUGUCCUUCAGUCUCAGCUAAGGACUGACAACACUGUAGCUUUUCAGAAUCCAAAGGCUCCUAUUGAAAAUUUUCGUUCUACAAUUUAUCGAAAUGUCUUGGCUAAUUCUUUGUAUUGUCCUGUUUAUAAGAUUGAGAAAGUGGCAUCAGAUGAAUUACAUCACUAUGUUCAGAACCAUUUUACAAGUGCAAGAAUGGCUUUGAUUGGACAUGGUGUGGUUCAUCCUGUACUGAAACAAGUUGCUGAAUGAUUUCUGAAUAUGAGGGGUGGGCUUGGUUUACCUGGUGCAAAGGCCAGAUGCCUUGGAGGUGAAAUUUGAGAACACAAUGGAGACAGUCUGUCCAUGCUCCUGCAUCAGAAAGUGCUGCCACAGGAAGGCCAGAAGCAAAUGCAUUUAGUGUUCACCAACAUGUCCUCGGUGCUGGGCCACCUGUCAAGAGGGACAGCAAUGCCACCAGCCUCCUGUACCAUGCUGCUGCCAAGAGGAUUCACUAGCCAUUUGAUGUUUCUGCUUGUUAUGCCAGUUACUCAGAUUUUCCAAUCUUUGGUA